GUUAUCGCGAGGAACUCUGAAGCUCAAGAGGUGUAGUGAAGCGAGUGUUUUUCUACGUCGACGCUUCCAGAGUGGCAUUGAAACAGGGACGUCUACAGCUUUUCGUGGUUUAAUAGGACUAUAGACUACAUAUGUGGUUCAUUUGAUUUUACUGUUUGUGUGUACAUCUGGUCCCGUUUCCUCUGCGUUGACGGCGCUGCUCGUCAAACAUCUGUAUCCGCUGGAAUCCUGUAAUCAGCACCUGGACAGCUCCCUGUCGUGAACCUAUUCUUCUUAUUAUUACCGGGCACAUGGAGUCCCUGGUGUGAUUGUGUGGGGAAGCCCUGGAAGCACAUUAUGCCUCCCUCCGAGGUUUCGUUAUCUUCCUGAUUCAAUGACAGCCCUGGUCGUGUCCGCUGAAGGAUGCUGCUUUCAGACCGGAGUAGGUGUUUUCGUCGGGCGCUGUCUUCUGAGAGGCGAUACGGGUGCUUGGUCAACGUAAAUUUAAGAGGAAUCGCAACCUACAUACAGCAAGAUCCGAGCUUCCCUCACAUUUUUCAUCAUCAUCAUCCUCAUCAUCGCCGAGAAGGGAGAUAUUAGGCUACCAUCAACACUGCGAGGGCAAAGGAGUCACGACCACAUUUCACACAAUGUAGAAAACACAAGAGGUGUGGUAGAAGCCAGGUCUUUGCAGUGGUGAAAUCACAUUUCACACUCAGGUUCAUUUGCAGCAACAAGACCUCAACAUGAGCAACCCACAUGCUCCUCCUAAGGCUGGAGCCUCAGAGCUAGAGGUAAUCUCCCAGCAGGUGGAGGAGGACAACCAGUGCGUUGCCCCUGUCCAGCUGGUCAGCUUCGCCUACAGAGACUUGCCUUUGGCCGCCCUGGACGUAUCCCUCGCUGGAUCCCAGCUUAUCUCGAACCCGGACGAAGAGGACAACAGAGAGGGGUCAAACUGGCUGAAGCCAUGCUGUGGGCGAAGAGCAGCUCUGUGGCAGGUCUGUCUGCUGUCGGCGGGCUUCAACUGUUUCCUGGUGGCCUGUGUGAUUCUGGUGGUUGUGCUGCUGACGCUGGAGCUGCUCAUAGACACCAAGCUGUUACAGUUUAAUAAUGCAUUCCAGUUCGCCAGCAUCAUCCACUGGAUCAGCCUGGCAAUUCUCUCUGUGUUCUUCACUGAGACGGUGUUCAGGAUCGUGGUGUUGGGGAUAUGGGAUUACAUAGAGAACAAAGUAGAGGUGUUUGAUGGAGCUGUCAUCGUCCUUUCUCUGGCCCCCAUGGUGGCCUCCACAGUGGCCAACGGCCCCAGCAGCCCCUGGGACGCUAUCGGUCUCAUCAUCACACUGCGCAUCUGGAGGGUCAAGAGGAUCAUUGAUGCCUUUGUGUUGCAAGUGAAGGUGGAGAUGGAGCUCGAGAUCCAGCAGUAUGAGAAGGCCAAGGCGGUGAGGGAGGAACAACUUGACCGUCUCACCCAGAUCUGCCAGGAACAGGCAUUUGAAAUCCGGCAGCUGAGGGCCCACCUGGCCCAGCAGGACUUGGAUCUGGUAGCAGAGCGUGAUGCAGCCAUGCAGAUCCACCACAUGUGGGGUAAACAGAGCAGCAGUUUCCAGGAGGUGGACGGACUCGCCCCAGGGGCCUCAGAGCAUCACGGGCCAGCUAAAGCUAGAGAGCCCGGGGGACCUGCAGAUCACCAUGGUCAAGACGACAUGAACAACUACAUCAGCCAGUACUACAGUGAGCCAAGCAGCGAUAUGGGGAUCCCAGACCCUGCACGUGUCAUCACCACAGCAGCCAUAGACGUGCACCUGCCGAACAACCUCAGCCAGCUUCCUCCCUCUCUGGUGAGUGCAGACGCAGUGCCAUCCAGUCGCUUGCAGCGCACGGGCAGCUCGGUUAGCGAAGCCUCCACCACCACAGUGUCCCACAGCAGCUUCAGCGCCCGCCAGCACAGCAUCAGCAGCCACACGCUGGGCUCCACCACAGAUUGUAGCUCCACGGUGCGCGAGGCCUCCACUUCCACCGAUUACAGUGACCAACGCUGCUACCCUCCACCUUACAGCAGCCCUCUAGCCCUGGGCACUCAGCCGCGAGGGAGCCCCAGCGCCAUGAUGCAGGAGCUGCUAUCCUCUCUAACCGAGAACUCCUGUCUCACCCAGAAGGGCCUGGACCCUGUCAACCUUAAACCACCUAGCCUGACAGGUUCCACCAAAACCAGCCCUGAGAUGGAGCAUAGGGUCAACAUCUACAACAAGAGGAACCAGGAGAGCAGAGUGGGGCUGCACUCCAAGCCUCUCAUCCAUCUGCAAGGCAACGAGCCUCUUCUAGAGGAGAAGUAUAGGAUGAUGGAGUCAGUAGACGCCCCUGUCAACCGUCUGUCAGAGACAUAAGACUCUGCCUGACAUGUGGAACUUCACUGGACUUGCUCUUCAGAUCAACUGCAAAAAUUUAUACUUGACUAAACCCAUGUGUAGUUGGGAGUCACUGGCAUUAAACAGUAUGUUUGUCAUCCUUUUUGUACUGUAGGGACGGAGAGGAUGAACUUGCCAGAGCAGCACAAACUGAGGUGAUCAAAGAGUGGAGGAGGCAGAUUUGUUAUCAGGCACCACUUAUCAGGAAUUCACAAUUCACCCAUAAAAACACUUUUGGAGUUUUAAUGAAAAACAAUACCAAAAGAAACCAGCACCUGGGCUUAAGCCCAACAUUUUCAACUGGUCUGGGCA